CUGCCAGAUUGAUGCACAAAUAUAAUGCUCAUGGUGCUACAGAUGUAACAGGAUUUGGUCUCCUUGGCCAUGCCCAAAAUUUAGCAAGAAAUCAGAAGAAUGAAGUAUCUUUUGUCAUCCAUAAUCUUCCUAUCAUCGCUAAGAUGGCAGCAGUUGCAAAAGCAUGUGGAAAUAUGUUCCAUCUUUUACAGGGAUUGAGUGCAGAAACCUCUGGAGGCCUCUUGAUUUGUCUGCCCCGUGAACAGGCUGCAGCGUAUUGCAAGGACAUUGAGAAACAAGAAGGAUAUCAAGCAUGGAUUAUCGGCAUUGUAGAGAAAGGAAAUCGAACAGCUCGCAUUAUUGACAAGCCGCGGGUUAUUGAAGUUCCGGCGAAAGAAAAAGAUGGGGAACUUUGGUAGGGAAAUCCCACUUGGAAGUUGCUGAGAGAUCAUCUUCAUAUCGCACAUGUGACAAUGGAUGGAUAUAGUUAUGAUGUACUCAUUCAGUAAUUUUCACAUUUAUAUAUAGAAUACAUUGUGAUCAAUCCAUGGUUUCCAUUUUUAUAUAUUUCAACUUGCAUCACCACUAUAGUUGUUGAAGUAAAACCCUUUUUGUGCUUAUCAAAGUAGGCCUGAGUCAGUUACCUUUUGAUUUUAUUUAAUGGCCAUUGUUCAUGAAAAUUAUUUAAGAAUAAUUUUCAGUGCUUUAAAUUUACCGUUGUUUUGUUUGAUUUCAUAUAUUGUAUAUUGCUAAGCAUUUUUCCUUUUUUUUUUUUUUUUUAUAGGAGAAUCCUUUUUUUUUUCCCCAUUCUCAAAGUUUUUUCCCUUUUUAUGGAAAUAACUUUUUAAAAAUUUAUUUGAUUGUUGUAAGAGGUACAAUAAACAUUUUCAGUGUGCUUAUAACCAGACAACGACAUUCCUCUUUUUUUGUUACCAAGGCUCAAAAUUGCGGUUGCUGAAGUGCAAGCAAUGGGCAUUUGCUCAAUUCUCUAAGAAUCUUGUAUUAAACCAGUCAAAGGACAUGGAUUAUUUAAUGAUUCUUAAGAACUUCCUGGGAAAUGUAAAAGAAAACCGUUACAAUGUGAUGGGGUUGUGUGUACCACUGGAUCUUUGGGACUGAGACAGAAGGCAUCAGGAGCAGCUGGGAGAGCACCAUAUGAAGGCCAUUCACCAAAGUUGCCUUAACAGUGAGUGGCUGGACGUUCUGUGAUUUCCCCUGUUCCUGCUGCCAUUUGUCUUGCUUGGCCUUGGGAUUUAAUAAAUUUUUUCACUUACA